AGGCGGAGGGCAGGUGGCGGAGGAGGAGGUGGCCUUUAGGUGAAAAACACAUUUAAGCACUCGCCUGUCUCAUUCUGCAAUCUGACGCUCGCACACCUGGCCAGGUCGCGGAGUAUGGCUUCCACCACGUCGGGAGAUGUUCUGCCAACCGGCUGCGGGAUCUUCACCAGCAUCCCUGACUUGUUCUUCAUCCCAGAGUUUGUUUUCGGCGGUCUGGUGUGGAUCCUGGUGGCGUCCACCCAUGUGUAUCCGGAACACCCGCUGGGCUGGGUCAUGUUCGUCUCAGUCUUCUGCUUUGUCUUCACCACGCUCUGGUUCUUCCUCUUCAUAUGCGGCGCCAAUCAGAACAGCUUUUGGCCGGCGUUGGACACGUACUACCAUUUCUUGGCGGUAGUUUUCUACCUGAGCGCGUCGGUGAUCCUGGCCUACAUCACUGUUCUUAAAGGUUGGGGCUUCACCAUCAACUCGGGGGGCACUGUGUCCAUUGUGCCCCUCAUCGGUGAAGGCCUAAAGAUCUAUAGACUGGACAUCGCUGCCGUGGUGAUGUCACACGUGGCCACUCUCCUCUACUUCCUGCACGCCAUCUUCUCCGCCAUCCGAUGGAAGAGAGCCUAAACGGGAAAUAAAAUAAAUAAGUAAAGAGUGAUGUCACACGUGGCCACUCUCAUCUACUUCCUGCACGCCAUCUUCUCCGCCAUCCGAUGGAGAGCCUCAACGGGGUUAACCUCAACUUGAACACAGAACCACUUAUUCAUACUUUUAUUAUUAUUAUUAUAUUCUUUUUUUUAGAGAUAUCUCUUACAGGCAAGUCAUAUGACUGAAUGAGCAGCAAACAAAUUCAAUGUCAAAUGUAGGGUUUUUACUUAUUAAAUCAGUAGAGAAGACCAAAUUAUACCAUUUUUGUCAUCCGUAAAUAUAUAUUUUUGACAUCAUUUCAGGUGUAGUUUCAUGCGGAAGUGGAAUGAGUCUUUAAGUAAUUUAGUUUUUUUUUUAGAAACGAAAUGAAAAUUCAAAUUCUGUAGCCCCUUAAGGAGAUUUAAAAAUGACUUAAAAAGUUAUUAUAUUGAAGCAACAAAUACAAAAGAUUUUAUUUUUUAAAAUGUUAUUGCUUUUUUUUUUUUUUUUCACAUCUUAUUCGCAUGUUCCUAUGUUUAUAGAGUUAAAAAACAAACUCCAAUUAUAAAAUAAUAAUGUUUGAUGAUUUUUUUUUCAAGAAAUAUAGGGAAAUAAAUAUAAAAAUAUGCACACCAAAAACAUAAGAUGAAGGAUUUAAAAUUUUGAAGGCUUAACAACCACCACAUACCAUAUUUUUCAGACUAUAAAUCGCAGUUAUUUUUUCAUAGUUUGAUCGGGGGUGCGACUUAUACUAGAAAUUAUGAUCAUUUCACAUGUUAUUUUUACACAAAACCGCCAGAGGGCGCUGAAGGCCUUUGUUUCAACAUUGGCGGUAACCAAAAAAACAUCACUUGGUUGUUUAUGCGUCAUACCGUCCAUUUAUUUGAUUUUUAUUUUAAAAUUGCCAUUCAAGAUGACAUGUCUUCUUCUUGGCGUUACUCCUGUGCAACUUAGAAAAAGGAUAAAAAUUGUAUUCAAAACAAACCAAAAAAAAAAAAAAAAAUCAGUUCUAACAACUUUGUGCAUGAAGAUGCUCACUAUUGCAUCAGUUUGUUUACGACUUACAUGUCAAACACCUUCAACCCUUUUUAAUUAUGCUUUUUAUAAUUUUUUUUAAAUGAUCGCUUUGUCACGUGAUUGCUUAUAGUUGGAUGAAAAAUGCUCACUUUUUGUAUAUACUUGAUUAAUGAUCUCACUUUACAGCUCUAUUUACAAAUCUUCAAUGUGAAAUAAAAAGAGUAGAGUUCCGAAUUGUCUCCCCGAGUCAUGUUUCGAUGCCACUGACGGCAA